AUGGCCGGCUCAAACACCCGCAGCGUCUCCGGGCGCAACGCCUCACCCUCACGGAGUCUCGGCGGCCGAAGUUCGCGCCCAGCCGCCUCGCGCGCAUCCUCCUCCUCGACAUCCAACUUCUUCGCCGGCGGCCUAGGCGGCGCCUCGCGUGGGAUUUUCGGCGCAAGCAAUGGCGGCUCCUCAUAUUACAAGCGUCGCCCGCGGGACGGCUACAUCCAAUACCUCAUCCACAAACUGCAGCGCAUGAUCAAGGAGCUCUGGGCUUACGCGAGGAAGAACCCCAUGAAGGCGUUCUUUGCGGUCGUUGUGCCGCUGCUGAGCGCGGGCGGCGCGGUACAUGGACUGUUGAAGCAAUUCGGUGUGAGGAUUCCGAUGAUUGACGGCGGUUCGAGGCGUGGCGGAGGAGGAUAUUAUGGUAGUUCGGGAUAUGGUGGCGGAUCAGGUGGCGAAGCAGGAGGAUGGAUGAAUCAGGCGGGCAGUCUGAUUUCGGUCGCGAAGAUGUUCAUGUAA